AUGUUACUCAAAGGACUAUUGGAGCAAGGUAUUUUGAUCACAUGCCAGUUCUGCUGCAACACACCGAUUCUCGCAGUCCCAAAACCGGGCAAACCGAAUCAGUAUCGUCUAGUCCAGGACCUGCGGGCCAUCAAUGCCAUAGUACAACCCCGACAUGCUCUGGUUCCUAACCCAGCACAUAUUCUUGCUACCAUCCCGGCUAUAACAACAGUCUUUGGAUCGGUGGAUCUCCAACAUGCCUUUUUCUCGAUUCCUUUACACCCGGACUGUCAGUACCUGUUCGCAUUCACCUAUAAUGGACAACAGUAUACAUGGACCAGAUUGCCACAGGGCUUUGUAAACUCACCGACGCUAUUUUCUCGUUGUCUGCAACAGCAAUUACAAAACCUUCAGUUACCUGAGGGGUCUGCACUGAUCCAGUAUGUCGAUGACCUUUUAGUGGCCAGUGAAACGGAGGAGCAGAAUAGGGAAGCUAUAAUUUUGUUGUUGAACUUUGUAAAGGCAUUGGGGUACGUUGUGUCCCCCUCCAAAGUAAAUGUCGGACAAAAGGAGGUGAAAUUCCUCGGAGUCAUAAUCUCAGCAGAUGGCCGUCGGUUGGACGAGAGCCGUACAGACCCCAUUUACAGAACAGCACCCCCCACGUCAGCCAGGGGAAUGCGACAGUGGCUGGGAAUGAUCAACUACUGCCGUCAGUGGAUUCCGAAUGUGGCCCUGGACAUAAAGCACCUGACCCCUUACACCAGCCAGGAAGGUACCUUUGUAUUGUCAGGUGAAGCCUUGACCGCGUUCAAUAAUCUACGAGAGGCCCUGCAGAAGGCUCCUGCGCUGGGGCGACCACUGUAUGAUAGACCUUUUCAGCUCUAUUGUACCGUCCUGGCAGAAUGUGCCACUGCGGUUUUGACCCAGCUGCAUGGGGAUAAGCACCGACCAGUGGCGUAUUAUUCAUCCAAGUUAGACCCUGUGGCACUGGGCGAUCAACCUCUAGCCUCUCCAGAUUUGAUCCUCUAUACCGAUGGAAGUUCGUCCAUCGACGAGCAGGGACGCCGUCUGUCAGGCUUUGCCGUAGUUAAUCAAGAUGGAACCUUGCUGGAUUGUGGCAGUUUUGACCCACCGUUUUCAGCUCAGCAGGCUGAGUUGUUUGCCCUCACACGAGCCUGUGUCCUCGCAGAGGGGCACUCCGUCAAUAUUUACACCGACUCCCGAUACGCAUUUGGAGGGGACGCCUCUGUUGAUGUUAUAAUGGAAUGGGAGCAGCUGGGCUGUCGGAAGGCUGACUCCGGAUUGUGGCUCACGCCGGCCGGACAGACCUGUAUGACAGACCAGUGGAUUGAAGCCUUUCCAACCACUGAUUGCACUGCUUCUACGGUGGUGUCUAUUUUAUUACGGCAGUUUGUUCCUCGCUUUGGGGUUCCAAACACCAUCAGUUCGGAUAACGGCCCUCACUUUAUUGCCGCUAUCAAUAAAGAAUUGUACCGACAGCUGGGCGUAACCCAGCGGCUGCAUUGUGCUUAUCGCCCACAGGCUUCAGGAAUGGUGGAACGCUUGAACCAGACCCUGAAGACCAGGCUUGCCAAGCCGGUGGACCAAUCGGGCUUCACCUGGGUUAAAAUGUUGCCUGUUGCUUUGUUCCAGAUCAGAGUCCUUCCCGCAGGGAAGACAAGGUUGUCUCCUGCAGAGAUCAUCUAUGGCCGACCUCUGCGCACCCCCUGGACAGACAUUAUCCCGGCCACAAUGACAUUGCAUCACAUGGCGGAGGAGAUGGUCUCCUACGUCCUUGCCCUUACAAGGGCCCUGCGUGAGAUUCAUGUGGAGGUCAAGGCCUCUUAUGUGGGCGACAUAGAUUUUCCCGUUAAUGGACGGAUCACCCCGGGUUCUUAUGUGUUGAUUAAGAAUUGGGUUCGUAAGGACACCCUUUCUCCUCGAUGGUUGGGCCCCUUCCAGGUUCUCCUUACCACCCCCACCGCGCUUGAGCAGGAGAGACUGUUACCAUUCCCCAACGACAGCGAAAACGAUGAAGUGAGUGAGGAAGGAGAAUUGGAGGACAAAGGUCGGACGGUCCAAGAAGCCAUGGCCAGGGAACUAGAAGGUUACGAGAUUCGGCGAAUGGGACUUUUAAAUGGACUAUGA